UCUUCAUUUCUUAAUUAUUAGACAUUUGUUAAUUUAGAACUCACAAAACUUUUCUGCUAAGCUAUUUUUCAACCCUUUUCGGACAACACGAAACUUUUUGGUCUGAUUUUUCUGCCUGGAACAUUUACCUGGUCAGUGCACCUACUGAGUUGGUUCUGUUAAAAAGAUAGGUUGCAAAAACCUAAUGAAAACAGGGAAGAAAGCAAAUAACCUGCCGCAUUUUCUUUCAUCCGUAAUUCCCACUAAUUUAGAAAUCCACAAUGAUGUCAACUAUGACGAGAAAUCUGGACAUUGAAACUUCCACGUUUCCCCCAUUAUUUCCGGAGAUCAUCGAAAGAAUCAUGUCCUUUCUCCCAACCGUGGAUCUUCUCACCUGCUCCACGGUCAAUGCCACGUGGGAGGGCGAAGCUCGAAAACAUGUCCGCGUCAGGAUCUCCAUUAGACUAACUGGAUACGCCGGAUAUCCCAAAUUUGAAGAGUACGUCACACUAAUGAGCGUCCGAGGUAAUUAUCACGAACGGCUCCACACAUGCUACAGAUAUUUCGAGGAAUUUCAACAGUUUCUAUCUAAACUUGACAAAUUAGCUUCAAAUUCUCGAGGAAAAAUCAAGCAUUUAUUUCUCCCCUUCAUUAUGCAGGGGGGUCCUGAGUUUCGCCGCUUUUUCGAAAUUUUACACCUAUUCGGGCAUAAUUUAUCCGCUCUAGAAUUAAGUCUGUGUCAUCAUUAUCAUUACACUGAUACUCUGGUAACCACCACUAUUGCCGAUAUGUCGCCUUUCUUAACAGGCUUAAGUAGCCGACCUCCUCUGCCAUCGAUUACUAAAUUGUCGAUAUGUUCAUGGAGUGUUGCAAAGAACGCGACUGGGUUAACUGUUGCAAAACUUGGUCCACUUUUCCCCAACGUUUCCACUCUCGAGUAUUUUGACCCCGACAGGAACGCCAUUGAGAUGCAGCUUAUUGCAAACCCGUUUCCUCGACUAAGCGCGUUAAGAAUUAUGGAUAUAGAGUAUACAGCUCCUUAGGAAGAUAUUGGCCACUUAAUACCCACCUUCCGGCCGGUCUGGUCAAUUACCAAAUUUGAGUUUAACGUCACACACGACGCAGGACGUUUUGGUAUAAGUUUGCUCCGAACAUUUGCCCCCACAUUGGAACACGUAUGUAUCAAUAAGAUGCAUAUUCGACUGAUAUCCGACUACAAGUCUGUCUUUAUUCCAGUCAUGCCGAG